AUGGAGGAGCUGUGGGGGUUCCUGAGCAGCCAGGAUGACGAGGUAGGGCUGGCUGUGCAGGUCCUGGCUGCCUCUUCCCUCAGUUUCAACACCAGGCUGAAGUGGUUGGUCAUCUGCUUCGUGUGCGGCAUUUUCCUCUCUAUCCUCGGGACUGGAUUGCUGGGGCUUCUUGGUGGCAUGAAGCUUUCUGCAGUGUUUUAUACAUUUGGAAAUCUCGCUGUGUUAGCCAGUACAUGCUUUAUAAUGGGACCCAUGAGGCAACCGAAGAAAACGUUUGAAACGAUAAGAUUACUUGCAACAAUUAUGAUGCUUUCGCAUUUCAUAUUUACCUUGCGUGCUGCUCUUUGGUGGCACAAGAAGGAACUGGGCUUGUUAUUCUGCAAACUGCAGUUCUCGUCCAUGACCUGGUACAGCCUGUCAUACGUCCCGUAUGCAAGGGACGCGGUAAUUAAAUGUUGUUCUUCUCUCUUACGUUGA